ACCAUUUUUUUUUCUCGUAAAACGAUUUAUGAAUUGUUGUUUGUAUUGUCUUUCGUAAAAUUCUGGAAAACUGUUAUUGAUACAUGAUAUCUACAGAGACGCACAUAGACACGUUUUUCUUUUCUUUUAGUAAACGUAUUAUAAAUUAUGAAUAUUAAAUUAAGCAAAUAUGUCAAACAAUAGAAAAGAAAAUGAACGCCGUGAAAUAUAAAUGUCGGCAUCGAAACCGCAAAUGAUUGUUAGCAUUUUCUUUCGUAAAAUAUGGGAAAACUAUCAUUCCUACAAGAUAUUUACAGGGACGAACAUACAUACGAAUUUUAUUCUUUUAGUAAACGUAUCAACAUAAAUUAAGAAUAUUAAACUAAGCAAAUAGGUGAAAAUAGUAGAAAGAUAUACACUAUAAAAUGAACGCCGUGAAAUGUAAAUUUCGGCAUCGAAACCCGCAAAUGAUCGCCUCUUAUGGAACGUGUGCCCGUAUUUUUUUUUUUUUUUUUUUUUUAAAUUCUUCCCAUGUGGUUGUUUUUAAUAUUGAGAAAAAAUGCAUAAGACUGAUUAAUUAAAGUAGAAUAUACGUCGUACGUGAGAAGAAAAAAACAGGAACAAUUCAAGGCCAUUUUUAUGAUUUUUGUAUACUUCUUAGAAUUAUAAAAUCUAUUUUUCCGUCUAUGCAAUUAAUGUUUUUUUUUGUGUUGUUUUUUUUCUCCAGAGCCAGUGCAGACACAACAAACGACAAUGCGUCUGUCCCGACCACUGUGCAGCCGAGUAAAGGUACAGAAUAUCCAGACCUUGAUCAAAGAAAGAAAAAUUCUGGCCAUGGUACCCAGUUCAACACGAAAUGGCAAGAUGGUCGCCCUUGGCUACAGUGUGUUAAAGAGAUGAGCCCAGAUGGGCAUAAAUUCGAGGCAAUGUACUGUUCUGUGUGUAGCAAGUGGUCUUUAAAAAACCGCGGUCCCUGGGUGAGCACAGGCUGUACAUCUAUGCGACAUGAUGUCAUCGUCUGACAUGAAGACUCAGAGCAACAUAAAAAUGCUAUCUCUCAAGAACUCACAGCAUCUGCCUCAAUUGACAAACUAGCAAGGAACAUUGAUAGCCGUGAAAAGAAGGCUCUGAUUGACGCACAGAAGGUGUUGCACUUCCUGAUACGACACAACUUACCACACACCACUCUCUUCAAACCUCUGGUUGAACUUUGUGUGGCGCUUGGUGCUGAGAAUCUUUCACAUCUCAGCAAGGGCAAGAAUGCACAGUACACCAGCCCUAAAAUCAUUGAUGAAUUCUUAACAUGCCAAGCAGAAACUGUAGAGGAGGAAGUAAAGGAGAAGAUUAAGACAAGUGAUGCUUAUGGUGUUAUGAAAGAUGAGUACACAGACGUCAGUGCACGUAAACAUCUAGCAGUGGUGGGAAAGUAUGUUUAUAACGGUGAAAGCAACCUUUCUUUUCUACAAGACAUACAACUUCCCAAUGGUAGUGCUGACAUCAUAUACCAGUCAUUGAAGAAUUAUCUCCAUGAUGCAUCAAUCUCCUUGGAUUCAAUGACAUCAUUUGCUAGUGAUGGUCCCUCAGUUAUGACUGGAAAGAAGAAUGGGGUGGUAGCAAAACUCAAAAAGGACAAUCCUAGAGUAAUCCCUGUUCACUGUCUAAAUCACCGUCUUCAGCUUGCUGUGUCUAAGGCCUUUGGCAGUGUCCGUGAAAUUGAUUCAGUUGAUGAAAUACUAAUUGCUAUCUGGAAGUACUAUCACUUUAGUACAGUAAAGUCUGGCAGUCUUGAUGCUGUUCAGGAUCUACUCCGGGAAAUGGGCACAUCUGACACUAAGCAGAAUCUGACAGUGAAAAAGGCAGUACAUACCAGGUGGCUCAGUCAUGAGAAUGCCCUACACUCUAUAAGGAAGUUAUAUGUAGCUAUCUGCCAGGACUUGGAGAAUGCUGUCGUCUCUGGAAGAGAUAAGAAACUUGGUGAAAAGUCUGGUCCCUCUGCAACAGGACUGCUGAAAAUAAUGAAACAGUGUGACAAGCUUUUCUACAUGCUCCUCCUCUGUGAUAUGUGCACAACCCUUGCCAGACUCACUCUUCUAUUUGAAAGAGCUGACAUUGAUUUAGCAUCAAUUCAACCCCAGAUACAGUUAGCAGUUGCCAACCUGCAAAAUAUGAAGAAGCGUCCUGGUCCCUACCUGUCAAAGGUCACAACAAUGGCUGAAACACUAGGUAUCAGUGUACAAGGUGAGAACAAGAUUUAUCAGGUCAGAGACAAAUUCAUUGAUGCUGUAGUUGACCACAUGGAGGAGCAUUUGGAACACUCUGAGCUUAUAUCUGCAAUGUCAGUAUUAGACCUUAGUCACAUUCCAGCUGAUCAAGCCACUUUUCAUGGAGACACUGACAUUUCACAACUUGCACAGCAUCUAGAACUCUCCGAGGACGAUCUACUAUUUGAGUGGAAUGACAUCAAGGAGAAAUUCAGUGGUGUGUUGGAUAAGUGUACCCCAAAGUUCAUGCUGGCAAAGCUGUUCGAGACAAAGGAGACUACUGGAUCCAUCUUCCCUUUGAUGACUUGCUUGUUGUCUGUACAUGAGUCACUAAUAUUGUCUACUGCCCCUGUAGAAAGAGUAUUCUCUCAGGUCAAAUUAAUUGUUACAGACCACCGCAACAGACAUGAGGUUGAAACAACUAACAAACUUCUCAUGAUCAAAUUGAACACAAAGUCAGCAAGUGAUAUAGACAUGGACAAAGUGAUCAAAAAAUUCUUGGCAAAGAACAGACGCUUAAUGUGAAGAGUCAUGUUUUAUCUAGAGACUAACACUAGUCAUAAACAGAUGAUUAUGUUUUUAAGUUAAAACAUUUAUCUUCUUUAAUAAGGUUUCUUGACCAGAAUCUGCUAGAUACAUAUUUAAACAGGAAAUAUUUACAUUAAUUUGUGUGUUGAAGAAAGUUUAGGAAGUUAACUAAACAAAGUCAGCAAAUUGUAUUAACUUCAAUAUGAUUAAUUAUAACUAUUUAAAAAAUAGCUGUUUAAUAAACUAUAGUUGGCCCCAGGUCAGAAAGUCAGCAAAUUGUAUUAACUCAUAUGUUUCAUUUGAUGUGACAAAGUAUUUACAAUUAAUGAUCAAUUGUAUUAACUUUGAUACAAUUAAUGAUCUGUUUGUAAAAUGGAAAAUGAAAUUGUGUGUUUAAGAAUAUAAAGUAGGCCUAAGUUAAGAAAGUCAACCAAUAGUAUUAACUGACAUGCUUUAUUUGAUAGGUCUUAUGUGUACUAUAUGAAAUAAUGUUCUUUUUGUAAAAGAGUGAAUUAAAUUGUGUGUUUAGGACAUUGUUACUUUUUGUUCAUCAAACUUCAAUGAUCUAAAAUGACUGAUAAAAUGCCCUUUUUGCAUAGCGAACCGCGGAAAAGUGCCCUUAUGCCCUAGCAGCACCACGCCCCAUUCUGGUCCUGGGAAAAACACUAAAAA